CUCUGUUUAUGCUGAAUAAAGUUGAGAGACUUUGCUCGCUGACUUCUGUGUCAUUUCGCAACUCUACCAAGCGCUUGAAACAGGAAGUGUGCGACAGAGCGAAGGCGCCUCUUCAACUUUUGCGAGAAUUCAAAAGAAACAGAGACAGAAAUCUAACACAGUCACAAUGGCAUCACUGAAGCGUCUCAUCAUCGUCUGCCUGCUUCAUCUGUGUAUUCAAAGCAUUCAGGGGAAUGUCAACACCGCCGCCCUUGCUAAAAUGAUCCAGUAUUUUGAUAACAAUGUCCAGCCAAACACCAAGCCUGAUGCUCAGUACGCAAUAGCAAUCAGAGUCCCAAGGGCUCAGUGUACAACUGAAAACUCUGAUAUCGAGACUGAGUUCAGCAAGGAAAAUGCAACACAUGUGAGAAAUGUUAUCAGUAACGGAGAAAUGUGUGUACUCUGCACACCAUCAGAAAAUGUUAUUGCUGCACGGCCAAUGCGAAAAAGACCAAAGGAACAUGCUGAGCAUAGACUGCUCUAUCCUGUAGGUAAUUCUCCUAUGGGCAAACUUCUAAAAAAGGCAGAUAAGGAUAGCUGUGUAGUUUUCUAUACUUACAACUCUCCUUGUGUGAAACAGUGCAUUCAGAGUACAGACAAUAUUUUGCCGGGUCUUUCAAACUGGAUAAAUGAACAAAAAGAGGCAAUGAAUGUUUUUGUCUUUGAAAAGAUCUAUGAGAAGGACUCUAAGAAGGACAUGGAAAUAUAUAUCCGAAAGAUUUAUGCGGAAGUGCCUCUUUAUCGGUGUACUGGUAAUAAUAAUAAUAAUAAUACGAUGGAAUGUAAGAAUUGUGUGGACCAAAACAGUAAGGUGGAUUCUUUCUGUCUGCCUGAAAAGAAAUGAUUACUUUUCAUGAUUACAGUCCAAGAAGAUGCUUAUGUCGAUGAUCAAACGGUGGCGUGUUAAUGAAUAAUUUCCACCUCAUAUCUUUCACAAAGCGCUUUCGGCCCAGCACACACUGGGCUAUGAAAUCAGAAUCAUUACUCACCAAACACACACUCUGUGAAGUAUUAUUCUUGAUCACCUGUUCUGUGCCUAAUAAAAUUUUAAUCACGUAUCCUUUGUCGAAUUGCAAUAAUAUUUACACGUAUAAAUGUGUGUAGACUUUGCAGACAUGACAUUAAAAUUCUGCUCAUGAACAGUUUACUUGCUACUUAGUGCUUCAAACUCUCGCAACAAAACAGUCAUUUUUUUGCCCUUUUAUGUCUCCUUUGUUGGCGUCUCCUCAGCUAAAGGAGUCCUUGAGCAACCGCCUACAGUUUGCCUUGAAACGGCCUCGCUUAAUACCUUAUUUUCAAAAACUGGGUACACCACUGUAGGUGAUAUUAUUCUCCUCAUCUAUCGAACAUCAAAAGGAAACUCAAGAGUAGAAAAGUUUUAACAGAUCAC